AUGCUAAUUCAAUUCCUCUGUUUUCCUCCAUUGGCUCAGCGCUACGGUGUGCUGAACUGCUACAAGGCCGCAACGAUCUCCUUGCCAAUAAUCUUCUUCCUGACUCCCUUCACAGCUCUUGUGCCCGAAGCAUUUCGUCUUGCAGCCGUCCUACUGAUCAUGCUAGCCAAAUUGGGAGCCGUUGUAUUUGGGAUUCCCAGCUGCACUAUCCUCCUCACUAAUUCUGCGGCGAGUAUGACUGUGCUUGGGACGCUGAACGGCGUAGGAACCAGUGUAAGUGCUCUAGGCCGUGCCGCCGGACCAGCUCUGAUUGGGGCUGCCUUUUCGUGGGGGGUCAAAAGAGGCUCCGUGGUGGUGCCGUGGUGGCUCUUGGGCACUUUGAGUCUCUUUGCUAUUAUCCCGUCAUUUUGGAUUGUGGAGCAAGACGGCCCCAAUCGAGGGAAAACUGUCGAAGAAGAGGAUACCGAGCAAGAUCAGGAUGGAAGCAGUCAGGGCUCAGGAUAUGGCGGUGUAGACAUCUCUACGGGCGCCGGAAAUAUUGCAAAGUAA